CGCGCAUCGUUCUUCACAAUAAAGGAAACGGCAGAAUUGUGCAGCCGAGACGACAACUUCUGUGUCCGUUUCAAAUGUAUUACUACUGAUUAAGUCUGAGGCCUGUAACAUCAACAGUGAAGACAAACCCAGCCUGCCGCUCUCCUUCCACACUGAGUCCAAACCUACAGUCACUGGGUCCUGAUUGUGACAGUGGAGCCCAGUUUGCACUGCAGGAUCCAGAGAUGGCAUCAGUGAAGCAGGAAGACUGCAGUCAAACACUGGAGCUGAAUGUCAACAUUAAAGAUGAAGAAGAGGAGGAGAAGAUUGGGAAAUCUGUUUCUCAUGGUAUGAGGCCGGUAACAUCAACAGUGAGGACAAACCCAGCCUGCCUCUCUCCUUCCACACUGAGUCCAAACCUACAGUCACUGGGUCCUGAUUGUGACAGUGGAGCCCAGUUUGUUCUGCAGGAUCCAGAGAUGGCAUCAGUGAAGCUGGAAGACUGCAGUCAAACACUGGAGCUGAAUGUCAACAUUAAAGAUGAAGAAGAGGAGGAGAAGAUUGGGACAUCUGUUAGUCAUGGACGACUAGAAUUAAGUCUGAGGCCGGUAACAUCAACAGUGACAACAAACCAAGCCUGCCUCUCUCCUUCCACACUGAGUCCAAACCUACAGUCACUGGGUCCUAAUUGUGACAAUGGAGCCCAGUUUACACUGCAGGAUCCAGAUAUGGCAUCAGUGAAGCUGGAAGACUGCAGUCAUACACUGGAGCUGAAUGUAAACAUUAAAGAUGAAGAAGAAGAAGAGGAGAAGAUUGGGAAAUCUGUUUCUCAUGGAGACCAUGUUGAGACAUUCUCUACAUCCAGAGAGCAACAGCAGGAAGGUCACAGAGCUAAGAGGUCUCACCACUGCCCACAUUGUGAGGAGAUUUUCCCAUUUCUAUCAAAGCUAAAAACACACCUACAAAUACACACUGGAGAGAAUCCCUAUUCCUGUACUGACUGUGGAGAAUGCUUCACAACAUCAGCUCAUCUAGAAGUUCAUCAGAGAACGCACACAGGAGAGAAGCAUUACUUCUGCUCUGACUGUGGAAAGAGUUUCUCUCUACUGGGCAACUUAAAAACACAUGAACGUAUACAUACAGGAGUAAAGCCUUACUCCUGCUCUGACUGUGGACAGAGUUUCUCUCGACUGGGCCACUUAAAAACACAUGAACGCAGACAUAUUGGUGUAAAACCUUACUGCUGCUCUGACUGUGUAAAAUGCUUCACAACAUCAGCUGAGCUAACAGAUCAUCAGAGAACACACACAGGAGAGAAGCCUUACUCCUGCUCUGACUGUGGAAAUAGUUUCUCUCAACUUUCCCACUUAAAAACACAUGAACGUAUACAUACAGGAUUGAAGCCUUACUCCUGCUCUGACUGUGGAAAGAGUUUCUCUCAAAUGGGCCACUUAAAAAGACAUGAACGUAGACAUUUUGGAGUGAAGCCUUACUCCUGCUCUGACUGUGUAAAAUGCUUCACAACAUCAGCUGAGCUAAAAGAUCAUCAGAGAACACACACAGGAGAGAAGCCUUUCUUCUGCUCUGACUGUGGAAAUAGUUUCUCUCAACUUUCCCACUUAAAAACACAUGAACGUAUACACACAGGAGAGAAGCCUUACUCCUGCUCUGACUGUGGAAAGAGUUUCUAUCAAAUGGGCAACUUAAAAAGACAUGAACGUAUACAUACAGGAGUGAAGCCUUACUCCUGCUCUGACUGUGGAAAGAGUUUCUCUCUGCCAGGCACCUUAAAAACACAUGAACGUAUACAUACAGGAGUGAAGCCUUACUCCUGCUCUGACUGUGUAAAAUGCUUCACAACAUCAGCUGAGCUAAAAGUUCAUCAGAGAACACACACGGGAGAGAAGCCUUACUCCUGCUCUGACUGUGGAAAGAGUUUCUCUCGACUGGGCCACUUAAAAAGACAUGAACGUAGACAUAUUGGAGUAAAGCCUUACUGCUGCUCUGACUGUGUAAAAUGCUUCACAACAUCAGCUGAGCUAAAAGUUCAUCAGAGAACACAUACAGGAGAGAAGCCUUACUCCUGUACUGACUGUGUAAAGAGGUUCUCUCGACUGAGCCACUUAAAAAGACAUGAACGUAUACAUACAGGAGAGAAGCCUUACUCCUGCUCAGACUAUGGAAAGAGGUUCUCUCUACUGGGCAUCUUAAAAAGCCACCAAGGUAAACAAAGGAGAGAAGCCUUGCCACUGAUCUGACUGUAGAGAACACACAAAGAACUGAACCUUACUUCUUCCUUGAGGUUUUUAAGCUAACUAAACGGCACAAUUGUGUGGUUUUUUUAAAUAUUACUAUAUUACUUAUAGCCAGGGGCACACUCCAACACCAUUUACAAACAAAGCAUUUGUGUUUUGUGAGUCCACCAGAUCAGAGGCAGUAGGGAGGACCAGGGAUGUUAUAAGUACGUGAAUUGGACCAUGUUCUGUCAUGCUAAUCAUAAAAGAAAUGUAAUGAGUACUUUUGGGUGUCAGGGAAAAUGUUUGGAGUAAAAAGUACAUUAUUUACUUCAGGAAUGUGCGAAAUAAAAGUAAAAGUUGUACAAAAUAUUAAUAGCCAAGUAUAGAUACACCCCAAAAAAGUACUUUACACCACUGCAUGCAUCCAUGCCGUGUGUCAGCAUUACAGGCUGGUGGUGUGAUGGUUGGGGUGUGUUUUCAGGGCACACAUUGGGUCCCUUGAUAAAAGAUUAGCAAUGUUUGAAUGCCACAGGAUAUCUAAAUAAUUACUGCCAAUCAGGUGCCUCCCUUCACGGCAGCAGUGUAUCCAUCUGCAUGUUGUUUCCUUCAGCAGCAUUAUGCCCCAAGGCUUGUCCAGGAAUGGUUCCAAUAACAUUACACUGACUUCACUGUAAUUGUGCAUCUGUGGGAGGAGAUGGAACGAGCUAUUCAGAGUAGAUACACUCCCAGCCAACAUGACACAAUUGUAGGAAGCAUUAGAGUCAACAUGGACCAGCUUCCCUGUGAAACACUCUCAACACCUUGGACAGUCCAUGUCCUGACGAUUUGAGGAUGUUCUGAGGAUGAAGGGGGGUGCAACUCUAUUAGGAAAGUGUUCCUGAUGUUUUGUACUCUCAGUGUAUAUCAGAUAAAGAUGGUCUGAUGAUCAGUUUUCAGCUUUAGUUUGGGUGGAUUAUUUUAUAUUACUAAACAACUUUGUUUAAUGAUAAACAAGCUAUGAAUCGACUACUUGUGGUUUAUGAAAUUGUAUCUUAAUACAAGAUUCAUUAUUUUAGUCAUUGAUGAUGAAUGUAUUUGAAUAGCUGUAUUGAAGUUGAUUGAUAUGGCGGCAGGUAGCCUAGUGGUUAAUUAAGAGUGUUGGGCCAGUAACUGAAAGGUCGCUGGUUUGAAUCCCGAGCCUAUACUAGGUGAAAAAUCUGUCAUUGUGCCCUUAACUAUUAUUUGUCCUGUAUUUGUCCUGUAAGUCUCUGGAUAAAAACAUCUGCUAAAUUACAAGAAUUUAAUGAAAAAUAAUGUUUGUACAUGAAUUCAUGCUGGGCAGCCACUUUUUUUCUCAUGUGUAUAAUUAAAUAAACUGUGUGAAGUGAAAUACUGUAUAUACAAUACACAACAUUACCACUUUGUUUACCCUGGCCAGAGGGACAGGACCAUAGUAAGCUAGACUAUGUAACUGCUGUUGUUAGUAGCCUACAGUUUCCAUGCAAUACAGCAUGUCAGAUCACUAAUGAUUAGGUGUAUAGGCUGCUACAUUUAUGCAAGAGUUUUUGCUUGUGUCUGUCGGGAGUGAUGUAUUAUCAGGCUUGCUAAAUAACUAAUGGAGGGAAGUGGAGAGCGCGUCUUGAGCUUUGUGCCCGGCCCGUCCGACAUGGUCAAGAGACGCAGAGAACCUGCAGCAGCCCUCCGAUGUGAAGAACAGCCCAUACUAAAAUGUAAGAUUGUAGUACAUUGAGAAAAACAAUACCAUGGUACUGUCAUGACACUGUAGUGACUAAAACAAUAAAUGAUAGUAGAUGUAUGUACUAUCAUGUUUUUAGUUUUGGUAUUUGCACCAGUUUUUUUCCUGCAAUGGCAGUGACCAAAAACUAUGUUUUCCAUUGUACGAGGCCCAGGAACAUAGAUGAAACUGCCAGAUGUGUCAUAAUAGCCUGGAAGUAAAGCUGCACUGGGACACAUUUGAAAUGGAAUACAUUGAAAACAUUCAGCAGGGUGGAACAAUCACAGUAAAACAUGAUUUAAAUGUAUUGUUGGAAGGGCUGUGGUCACUAUUCAUGUAAUACAUUAAAUAUAUACAUCAGAUGGUAUUGGGGAACUAUUUCAUAGGGUUUUCAUAGGUACAUUAAUCACCCAUUUCAAUCUUAUACCAACCAACCAUAUGCUUGGUGUGACUGUUAUGGUCAGAGCAGACCAUCUGAUAUGCCCUUAAAUAUUAUAAUAUGCAACCUGGAAUUAAAAUGUAAGAGGACCAGUGCUUCUACAGUGAAUCACAUCUGUGCUGUUUGAGAGAGAUGUUGUUAGACUACAUUGUAUCGUUGUUUCCUCUUCUGAGGGCACUGGUGAGGAACAAUAUAAUUUCAAUUCACAUAGACAAUGAGUCCUUCACGUUUGCACGAUAUCCACACGUUUGAAUUAUCUGUAUUGUGAUGAUGGGGGAAAUUGAAUAUACAAUCCCAAUUAUGUCAGCAGUGAAGUUCUGAAGAUGGAGGACUUUCAGUACAGCAGUGUUCCCCAAUCCUGGUCCCAAGGGGUGUACAUGUGUGUUUUUGCCCUCGCACUCUCAUACCUUAUUCAAUUCAAAGGCUUGAGUUGUUUAGUUGAAUCCAGUGUGUGAGUGUUAGGGGCAAAAACAAAAAGGCUCACCUCUAUGGAUCCCCAGGACCAGGAUUGGGAAACACUGCAGUACACAGCAAAAGGUGUGAUGAUUCAAAAUAUAUCUAUUUUACAGUUUGAAGUCCUGUAUGUAAAAUUACUUGGUUUGUAUUCAGGGGACUAGGUAUGUAUCCAAGUGUGUGCUCAAGAUUUGUGGUGUUUACUCAGGAGAUUAAUCUCUGAUUUUGGCAGCGCCAUUCUUACACCUUCGCAGCAUUGCAUUGUGGUUCUUCAAUGUUUUCCUGCCGCUGUUCAAACGGAUAAAACAUUUGUGGAUCUUUAGAAAAAUGUCUCCUGUUUCUGCUGUUUCCAUCACAUUGCAAUGAUUGUUUUUGAAAAAUGUUUUUUUUUCUAGAGCUGGGUCAAUGGAGACCUGUCCAGUGAUGUCAUCUCUAGAUCCUGCAGUGCAACAAGUCUCCACUGUCAAUCAGGACCUAGUGACUGUAGGUUUAGAAUCUGUUUGGAAGGCAGUGUGAAAGGAGAGAGGCAGGCUGGGUUUGUUCUCACUGUCAAUUCUGUCUGAGAUCAACCUCCUCCCUUAUGCAGCCCCCCCCCCUCAUUGUUACUGUGUGUAUGAUCACAUUUUGAAAAAUGGCUUUCUAAAAUGCUGUGGUGCUUCCUAACACACUAGGAAAGGUUGUGGUAGAGGUGGGCCAUCACAGGAGAGUUCACAGCUCUUUCCCUCUAAACAUUCAUAUCAAUGACUCACCCUCAAAUGGACCAUCAAUUCCAGAGUUCUCCAAUACUAUUUACAUAAUCAACUAAGCAUUUUAACGGUCUGACCCUCUAUAUAGUCUUGGGUAUAUAUUGAGCUCUAACACAGGGGUGUGGAAAAGGUCUGUUGAAUUGAAUACUGUAGUGAUGUGAGAAAGGAAACACAAGCUUCCUCUCUGGUUCCAUUCCCCCAAUAGUAACUGGGUCAUUAUUGGAUCGUGGUGGUAAUGCUGUCCCUGGACGUUGGCACCAUGAAAAGACUAAUAACGCAUUACAAUACUAUGCUGACAUAUGGGAUGGUUUUAAGAAGGUCGCACCAUGGAUUGUUUAGAUCAUUCAUUUUGUAUUUCAGGACAUUAGGUAUAAACAUGAUUAAAAAUGAUUUGAUAAAAUACAGAAUUUGGCCUUUACUACUAUAUAUAUCCCAU